AGCGCUCUUCCGGCGCCGCUCUGCCUCCGCCCGGCUUCCCCGCGGGGAUGCUGCGGCUGGGCCGCGGGCUGAGGCGGCUCGGGUCGGGACGCGGGGCUGGAGACUCCGGCCGGCUCCCUUUAAGUGCGGAGAUGCCCAAGAAAGCUGGUGCGACGAGCAAGGGUAAAAGCCAGACCAAGGAGCCAGAGACACCACUUCCUCCCUUAGGUCCUGUGGCAGUUGAUCCUAAAGGUUGUGUCACCGUAGCCAUCCAUGCCAAACCUGGUUCCAAACAAAACGCUGUAACAGACUUGACACCUGAAGCUGUGAGUGUGGCCAUUGCUGCGCCUCCGUCGGAAGGAGAGGCUAAUGCCGAGCUCUGUCGCUAUCUUUCCAAGGUCUUAGAACUCCGCAAGAGCGAUGUGGUUUUGGAGAAGGCGAAUCAAUUACAAAGGGAAAAAUUACAUCCUGUCUGUUGAACAUUAUAAGGAAGGCAGCUUUGAAAUCCAAAACCAUGCUAGAAGUCUCACCAGAUCUCUUUUUCCUAUCUGGUUUCAAGAACUCAAACUGUACUCGGAGCUGUGACCGAUGGUUAUUAGUACUCUGGAUAACCUCAAAUCCCUCUAGCACUCAAGAAAGAAAAUAAAAACAACCCCUCCAUCUCAAGUCUCCAGCAAGCUGGUCUCAGUCAGUAUUAACCUGAUGUGCUUCCAUCAUCAGCAUUCGACAUUUUAAAAUCAGGGAUUUCCAAAUAGCAAAUGCUACUAAUUUUUAGCUUAAUGUUUAUAUACAUUUGAUAUUUGAAAUUUGUUAUUUUCUGAAGCAUGUAAUUUCUUCUUUUGCUAGUUCGUGUAUUAAUUCACAUAAGAAUCACAAGUCUUCACUCGCAGUGUCUCCUGCUCUUCCCCCAUCUUCUGUCAGUUACUCCACAUGCUUCACAGCCGUGCUGUGAUUCACCACUCACCACGUCCUUCCCUCCCGUUGACGGAACGAACGUUUAUGCGGCACCGGUUACGUACCGCUGGGGGUGUAAUGGUCACAAGCUCUCAUUUCUACCUUAAGCCCUUGUAUGUUUGCUCACUUCUUUUCACGAUCACCCUGUGAAGAGUAGCAGGGUGAGUGUUCUUAUCCUGACAGGGAAGCAAAUAAGCUCCAAGUGUAAGUGAUUUUCUCAAGGUCACACACCUUGUGAGAACAGGACUGGAAGCCAGGACUCCUUAUGCUAAUGCUAGAUGCUGUCAACAACAGACGGUCUAUUCGAGAUUAAUUCCAUUUGACACGAUUUUAAUUCUUCUCACUCUUAAAUUAUCCUUUUUUAAAUGUUACUUUCAGUCCCUCCCACAUGAAGCAGAAACCGUGUCUAUUAUUUCCUCUCAGUUUUAAGCAUAUAGGGGACAGGCUAAUGGUGACUGUUGUUUAAAAAAAAGAAAAAAACCCACCACCAUAUAGGCUACUCUAGCAGAAUGCAGAAAUAACUCGCGUUAAAAGGACUCCUGUUUUCAAGCAGGGCUGAGUGUCAGGCCAUCUGUGAUCUUACCGUACUAGGAUUAAGAGAUUUAAAUACUAUUAGAAAAUAACCUUUCCUUUGAGCUUCCUGAGACCCAUCCCUCACUCCAGCCCUGCCCCGUGGGCCCAUCAGUCUCCCUAAUUAGGGCCAGGAGCCGGUACGGCAGAGAUCCUGUUGUAAAGCUGUGGCCAGUUACUAUCCGGGUGAGACAGUGCCUGUGCUUUAUCAGUUGACAGAUAUUUUUAAUAACCCAUCUGCCUUCAGACAGGAUCUUGGGGGUGCUGUGAGGCUAUCCUUAACUCUCUAGGCUAAGUAUCUGUGGUAUCCAGAUAAAGCUGUAACAGCACUGUGCCUAUUGAUGUAAUUAGAGGGGUACAGGGAAAACCCUUAUUGCUAAAAUUUCAUUCACAUCUGAAUGUGAAGAUCUGAUCUUAUUAGAUCCUUUCCAAUAAAAGUUACCUGAAAGGAUGGCUCUUCAGGAAGGGGGGAGGGGAGAGUUGGCUCCAGAGCAUGGAGAAGUCAACCUCAAGGGCCUAGAGUGGAGUGUUAAGAGAGAAG